UCGUAUAAUUGUUGCUAUGCUAUGUUUAAAAUAUGUUUUAACGAUAAAUCAAAAUUAGAAUAAAUUUUCGGCAUUUCUGACGCGAAUUUAGUUGAGUUGGGUAUAUAAAGUUGUGCAAAGAAAAAAAAACACCCAAUUAAAACCUACACAAUGUGUCGACUUACAUUUUUCUUUUUGUUAAGUGUGGCAAUCAGGGAGAAUUUUGCACAAAGUUUGGUCAACGAAGACUCCUCUUUUUUGAGCCAACUUUUCAACGUUUCCAUCAACAACAUUGCAGCGGUUGCUAACAAUUUCUCUUUCAUUGACAUAUCAAAAGAUAACGUUAAAUUCCUCCUGUAUGAACGCACCAGUAAUGAAACAAUCACUCUCAACCCUGAUAACCCCUUGGAGUACCUAGUACCAACAGACCCGACCAUAAUAAUAACCCAUGGUUGGACAGACAACGGGAAGGAAUCAUGGAUCCAAGAUAUGGCUUUUCGUUACAACAAAAAAGGCAACUACAACGUCAUUGCAAUGGAUUGGUCAAUCGACGCCAACAAAAACUACAUCUACUCAUCAUCAGCGACCCAAUCGGUUGGUUUCAUUAUCGGCGAUUUUCUUGUCCAAGUGUCAAAACAAGUCGAGAACUUUCUCGAUAAUGUGCAUCUAGUUGGGCAUUCCUUGGGUGCUCAAGUUUCAGGAUUUGCAGGAAAACGGGUGGAAAACGUCGCAAAUUCCAAAAUUGAUAGAAUCACUGGAUUGGACGCCGCUAGCCCCCUUUUUGAAACUCCAAUUUUAAGACCCCCUGAACUGCGAUUGGCUAACACUGACGCAAGUUUUGUUGAUCUUAUUCAUACAGCUCUCGGUGUGGGAUAUAUUGGGGCUUUUGGAAUCGCCGACUUUUAUGUUAAUGGUGGGAUUCUUCAAUUAAAUUGUACAGAUGAUUUGAAAGAUAUCGCUUCUUGUAACCAUCAAAGCUCACAUUUCUACUAUUCGGAGACUAUAUUAGAGCCAAAGAAGUACGAAGCAACCAAAUGUGAGGAUGUUGUAAGGUUCAAUUUGGGUUUGUGUGACAGUAAUGAGAAGGCUUACAUGGGGAAUGAGGUUAGCAAAAAUGCGAAAGGGAUUUAUUAUAUUGAUGUCGAUAGAGAAGGAAAUGAGAAAGCCAAAUAAGAAGUCUAUUUAAUAAUAAUUAUAAUAAUUCAUAUUAUUAAAGAAUAUGCAGGA